GUCGCCUUCUGACCUCUGGGGCAGCGCUAGGGCCUCGACAAGCACCACAUAGAACGCUAUCUCCUCCCCUCACCUGGUGCAGGUGCCGGUGCCGCGCUGGUAGUGGUGCAGUGGUAGCCACCAUGGUGGUGAUGCUCAAGCAAUGCUGCUGCGGCUGCACACCUCGGACUGGCGCCCUCAUCAUCGCCGUGGUGUUCGCGAUCGUGUCCGCGCUGUUGGUGGUGAUGUUCUCACUGGGUGCAGUGGUCAGCUCAGAGCAGCACUCCCAGCUGGUGCAGGAACAACGCGAGAGGGACAGGGAGGCUCUGGAGCACCAGGUCACCACCACCACCACCACCACCACCACCACCACUACUAUACACCCUGCAGAUGACGUCGACGACUACAGUGAGGCGCAGCAAUUGUCACUGGCCUCCAGGAUCACCGUCCUGAUGUUCUGGAAGUGCCUGACCGUGCUCAUCACGCUGGCCGAGGCGCUGGAUUUCCUGCUAAGCGUGCUGCUCAUGUUCGCUGCAGACAAGAACUCCGCCCGCCACGUUCGCCUGUGGCUGCUGGGUUUCUGCGCAGUCUGCUGCUGCCGCACGCUGAUGCUGCUCAUCCUCAACGGAGUCAUCUUCUACGCCAAACCCAUAUCGCUGGCCGUCUUCGUAUUGGGCGUCGUCACAAUUUUAACAGUGGGCAGCGCCUACAGCUUGCUGGUGGUGUUCAGCUACCACCGCCAGCUGGUGGGCACAGCUAUAGCCAGAAGGAUCUCCCAGCAGGAGGACUGACCAGCAGCUCCCGUGGACCCAUCACACACUGGGCUCCACAGUUGUCAGGAGUCUCAUGAGAAGACAUUCAUCUUUAUGCAAGUGCAAACUCUGUAUAUAUAAACUUUUAAUAAAAGUACUGAAGAUGAUUCUAGUCAA